AUGGAACCUUCCAAACUGAUGGCUGUCUUUCUGUUGCUGCUGCCAUCUUUUGUGUCAACACACCGUAAGCGGGUGGUUGGAGGCGAGGAAUGCAGUGAGACUGAACAUCCAUGGCUUGUGCUGUUCUAUAACUCUAAAGGCCCCUACUGUGAUGGAGUAUUGAUCGAUUCUAACUGGGUGCUCAGUGCUGCUCAUUGCUACGAAAGUGCCCAAAUCGGGAUGAGGCUUGGAAUGCACAACACAAAUGUUCUAAGAGGUAAUGAAGAGUCGAGACUCAGUGUGGCCACCCAUUGCUACCCGGACACUGCCAGCACCAAGAACAGCUGUGUGAAUUAUACUGCUGACAUCAUGAUGAUCAAAUUGAACAGACCUGUGAAGUACAGCAAGUUCAUCGCUCCUCUCCGCCUGCCCACCACCUCUGUCUCCGUGGGAGCAAAAUGCAGGGUCCAGGGUUGGGGCACAAUCACUAUUCAUAACAAUACUUUUCCUGACGUUCCUCAUUGCGCUGACGUCAAAAUAAUACAGAAACGCUUGUGUGUGAAGGCUUACCGAGCGUGGAAAACGACUGACCGCAUAUUAUGUACAGGGAGUUGGAACGGAUGCAAAGGUGCAUGCUGGGGUGAUUCUGGUGGACCCCUUAUCUGUGAUGGAAAACUCCAGGGGAUUUUUUCUUCUACUGCCGAAAUUGGGCCUCGCGUGGAGUUAAUGCGCUCUGUUUGCCCAUCCGACUGUGGGUGGAAAGCCAAGGAGCAGCGCAACUUCACCUCCAGCAGUCGAAACAGGCUCUUCCAGAAACAGGACGUGAAUUGUGAGCCUCUAUCAGAAACUAUUCCCUCCGACAAACCAUGCAAACAGAAUAUGUGCUGUAUGAACAACUCCUCCAAGGCCUUGGCUGUCGGGGUGCCUGUGCAUGCACAUGUCACAGGACUGUACGUACUGCUCCACAUCCGCAUGGAGCCUCAGCCACCAAAACUCCCAGGUCAGAAGGUGAAGGGUUUUGAACAGCCCAAAGUGUCCCACCGGCCUACUGUCAUGGUAUUGGUGCAGGAUCUGUGCCCGCAGCAGUCCUUACAUAGGGACACUUUGCCAGGAAGAACUGCUGCUAUGGAACCUUCCAAACUGAUGGCUUUCUUUCUGUUGCUGCUGUCGUCUUUUGUGUCAGCACACCGUAAGCGGGUGCUUGGAGGUGAGGAAUGCAGUGAGACUGAACAUCCAUGGCUUGUGAUGCUCCAUAACUCAAAAGGCCCCUUCUGUGCUGGAAUAUUGAUCGAUUCUAACUGGGUGCUCAGUGCUGCUCAUUGCUAUGAAAGUGGCAAAAUCAAGAUGAGGCUUGGAAUGCACAACAGAAAGAUGCUAAGAGGUAACGAACAGUCGAGACUCAGUGUGGCUGCCCAUUGCUACCCGGACACUGCCCGCACCACCAAGAACAGCUGUGUGAAUUUCACUGUUGACAUCAUGAUGCUCAAAUUGAACAAACCUGUGAAGUACAGCAAGUUCAUCGCCCCUCUCCGCCUGCCCACCGUCUCUGUCUCCGUGGGAGCAAAAUGCAGGAUCCAGGGUUGGGGCGUAACCAGAGAUCCUAAACAGACUUUUCCUGACGUUCCUCAUUGCGCUGAUGUCAACAUACAAGAGAAACGCUUAUGUGUAAAGGCUCACCCAGAGAGGAAAAUGACUGAACACAUAUUAUGUACAGGAACUUGGAAAGGAUGCAAAGGAACAUGCUGGGGUGAUUCUGGUGGACCCCUUAUCUGUGAAGGACAAGUCCAGGGGAUUAUAUCUUAUGGUGAGCCAGUUGGGCCUCGCAUAUAUAUCAAGGUCGACAGCUAUCUCAACUGGAUCCGUGGUUUUUAUUGA